CAGGGACAGACAGACGGGAGCUAACAUAAACCUGCUGCCUUGCUCUCGAGGCUACCGGCAGCCAAGACAAACAGCGCUCCCCCCGCCACUGACCCCCCGCUCUCCAGAGAGGCGGCGGGCGGCGCCGGGCUCCUCCAGCGGCCAUGGCCUCGCUGGAGGGCUGCCGCUGCCGCGGCGCCAGCGGCCGCGCCAACAGCAGCAUUCUGUACAGCAUCCUGAAGAGCGACAGCCUGGGGGGCGCGGAGAAGCUCCAGCAGCACGCGCACCCGCACCCGCACCCGCACCCCACGCAGCAGCAGCAGACGACCCCGGGGCACGCGCUCCAGAAGCCCCCCUCCUCCUCCUCCUCCUCCUCUUCCUCCUCCUCCUCCACCUGCGCCUCCGCGCUGCAGGAGCUCCGGCAGCAGCAGGCGUGCUCGUGCGGCUCCACGCGCCGCCGCGGCGUGCUGCGCUCCCCGCAGGUCACCUGCAAAGCCGCGUCGGCCGUGCUGGUCAAGACGCUGCGCUUCGUGAAGAACGUGCCGUGCUUCCGGGAGCUGCCGGAGGACGACCAGCUGAUGCUGAUCCGGAGCGGCUGGGCGCCGCUGCUCGUGCUGGGACUGGCGCAGGACCGCGUGGACUUUGACACCACGGAGACGGUGGAGCCCAGCAUGCUGCAGCGGAUCCUCACCGGCGGGCCCGAGCGCCACGGCGAGGCGCCCGCCGCGCAGAGCCGCGGGGCCGCCGGCGUGUCCGUGGUGGACAUCGAGGCGAUCAAGGCUUUCCUGAAGAAGUGCUGGAGUGUGGAUAUCAGCACCAAGGAGUACGCAUACCUGAAGGGGGCCGUGCUCUUCAACCCAGAUCUGGACGGGCUGCGCUGUCUGCACUACAUCCAGUCCCUGCGCCGGGAGGCGCACCAGGCUCUGAACGAGCACGUGAGGCUGAUCCACCGCGAGGACAGCACGCGCUUCGCCAAGCUGCUCAUAGCGCUGUCCAUGCUGCGGGCCAUCAGCCCCCCCGUGGUGGCGCAGCUCUUCUUCAGGCCCGUCAUUGGCUCCGUCAACAUCGAGGAGGUCCUCAUGGAGAUGUUCUACGGGAAGUAGGUCACAAAAGUCUGAGCU